UGAAGAAGCAGCAGCAGUGAAUUUUUCGCUCCAAUUUGCGAAAAGUUAGAGAAAACUAUUUUGGAAAAUAGUGUAACAUUUAAAAAACAAUUUGCGAAAACGAAGCGUGGAUAAUAUUCGUGCAGGAUGUGGCCUCAGGCGUUGCAAAUGUCUAGAGAUGAGUGUCGAGGGAUUUUGAGAAGACUUGAGCUGGAAUCUUAUUCUCAUGUGAUUAGUGUAUUUCGCGCUCAGGGUGGCCUCAGUGACAACAAGGCCAAACUUCUUGAGGAGUUGCGUGGCAUAUUUCACAUCUCGCAAGAGCGUCAUCGAGCUGAAGCGCGUCGUGUGGCAAACGAUGAACAAUUGUGUACCAUAGCUGAAGCUAUAUCGGGUCCAAAUACAUGGCAAGAAUGGUCGCGUGAAGGACGACGAUCGUAUCCGAUGUUACCGCGUGUGGCCCCACAAACAGCGCUCGCAUUAAUUGCCAAUAAUGUGGCAACUGAGACAGUUUCUGAAAACGCUAAAUUACCCUAUCCCGCUGAUACGGCAGCAGCAGUUGUUGCCGAACGGGCUAAUACCAUCAAUUCAAUAACGGGAAAAGAAGAAUUGGAAUCUUGGGAAAUCAAGCGCGAAGUUUACGUCGUUACAGAUGAUCCUUUCAAAAUGCCUGAUAUUCCUGCUGCCAACAAGAAAAAUCUGAAACGUAACAUAUCCGACAGUCAAACUGGCAGCAAUAAAAAGCGCAUUAUCAGUGAUACUUCACCCAGCAAACAACAGCACCAAAAGCAGUUCCAUCACAUAACUGCUAAUAGUGGCCAAGCUACGUUACCCAGCACCGGUAACAGUAACAUACGGAAAUUAUAUCACAAUCACAACAGCAAAGCUGCUCAGCAACGUUUAAAUCAAACACCAUUACAAAAACAAAAACUGGCAACGAAAAAAUCACAAAUGGCCGCAGGUUUAAACCCCGUAUUACCUGUUACACCUGGUAAGCGACAGGCGACGCCAGCCAAAAGUGGCCGCAAAGCGAAUUCCAAACUUCAAGAGCAGAAACAACAACAAUUACUUGCUCAACAACAACAGCAACAACAAAUGCUGGCGCAGACAACCGUUCGCAACAUACAACAUGUCGUGGGUGAGGGGUUGGAUGAAUUCAACAUAGAUCAGAAUUCUACACAACCACAGAUUGCCGCUUCAAAGAAGGACAUAACCAAGAAUCUAACCAAAUUGCAAUUGCCUAGCGUAAUUACCACACCCCCAUCAUCAGGAGCAUCAUCAGUGUCGCCAAAUGUGAUAGCACCGGCAAUACCAUCCAACACCCCAUUAAUGGUAAAUGCUUUGUCUACACGAAUCGAUACCCAUCAAUUGCCAACUGCCUUAUCGCCAACCAUUGGCAGUGUUGGCGGCUCAUCAGUUCCCACAAUUAUACAUAGCAAAGUGGAAAAAAUGAUUUCAACGCCAGUCCAGAAAAUUAUACUUGAAGACCGUCUUCCGCCACAACAAUUACCGGGUUCGGUUGUCACAACUGCAACAACAGCAAUGGCAUCAGCGGUCGUGGUAUCGACAGCAUCCACGUUCCAGUUGCAAUCUGCAUCCACACCACAGAUAAUGACAUUACCACAAUUAUCAGCGGCCGCCACAAAAUUACGCGCAGUAAAUACCACAAUUUUGCCACCCGGUACUAAAAUCACCACAAAAAAGUUAUCCGGCUCUACAUUGAUCAGUGCGCUUGGCACAGAGAAUAACGCUGCACUAACCGGCACCGCAAAUAGCAGUGGUUCACAAGUGUUUAGCAUCAUUGAAGGUAGCAAUAGCUCGAGUAAUGCACAAGCGACACCUUCUCUGCCGACUCACACGCCACCCGCAAUUAUACAAAUUCAAAAUACAAACAACACUAGUGUGUCUACGGAAGGCACAACACUGCAAUCGUCACAACAGCCGGCGCAGGGCAAAGUGUUAACAACGAAAUUGUUACCAAUUGUGUUGAGUGGCGCCGGUGUUGGUGGUGCCAGUGUCGGUGCGUCCACUGCUGGUAGUGGCGGUAACACUGUUAAUAUUACGAAAAUUGAAACUAUCAAUAAUGGUGCUACACUCGUGGGUGGUGGUGCUGGAGGCAGUGCUCUUAGUGGGAAUAAUUUAAAUACUUCUUUGGGUGGCACAACUGCAGUACUAAAAACCAUGGGCUCCACAUUAUUGCUAUCACCAAAUCAGAGUGGCACACCUGCGGGUAGUACGCUAUUUUCAACACUAACAUCCGGCGCUCCGGUGUUCCGCAAAUCGCAGAUCAUUAAAACGGGCACAAUUGGCGUGAAUGCAAGCAGCGCAGGCAAGCUUUCUGGCACCUUUAGUACUUCCAAUUCAGGUCCCCAAAUUAUCAGCAAUAUAAAAUUGACACCAGCGAAUACCACUACAAGUGUAACGGCGGUCAGUCAUUCGAAUCAACAAUCACAACAACAAUCAACUUCAGCUUCACCAUUCUUACAGCAUCAGCUAAAGAAUAUCUCAACCACUGGUAUUCGUACCAGUGUAAAAAUAUGCCAAUCACCAAAUGGCAAAGUGUUCAUACAACCAGCCAACAUAGACAACGCAUCGAAAGCAAAACUACAAGGUGCAUUGUCACACAAAAUCUUGCCCAACGCGGUGGUCAGUAGCAAUGCCACGGGUGCUGGUACAACUGGCACACACCAGCCGCAACGCAUCGCCAUACAGAAAGUGCAAAUAAUCCCAGCACCAUUAAAUUCGCCCGGCAAUCUGGCGGGCACUUUUCACACGAUCACUUCACAAUCCCAGUCGCAGACGAAGCCCACAAUUACAACAAAUACACUAACAAUGGGCGGCAAUAAGGGAAAUAUGAAUAUGGUUUUCGUGCCGUCGGUUGGUGCACGCACCACCUCCGGGACAAUAACACUGUCUAAACCUGCUAGUGUUAGUAGUGGUAUUGUUGCAGCUGCUAAAGUGCAGAAUACUCAAAACAAGGAAGCCGUCAAACCAAAUGUCGUGAUAAUCGGCUCGUCGUCAACACAAAGCAGCACAAAUAUACCAAUUAAGACGACCACUUUCAUUGAUGGCAGCAACAAGUACAACGUGACCUCUAGAGCAGCGAAUGCCGUGCAGUUGGAAGCAAAUCAAAUGAUUACGGAAGAUACGCCAGUUGAUAUACUCAAUAUGCCGAUAAUAGUGGAUAGUGGUGACGGCACGAAUAUCACGAUGGGUAAUAAUAUUGGCGAUACAGUCACGGUAUUGCCAACAACGCUCGUGGAAAGUACACAACAGCAGCAACAACAGCGUGAGCAACAAAGCCAACAACAACAACAGCAACCGUCCACAAUAAUUUUGGGUGCCACCGAUUGGGAAAUGGAAUUGGAUCAAGCAACAGCUGUCGCAGCAGCAACCAAAGCCGCAGCACGCACUGAAUAUCGCCGACAGUCAAGCGGGCAGGCUGGUGGCAAACAACAACAGCAACAAAUGCAAGACAAGGAAACGAUUGAUGGUGAGACCAUAAUUAUCGAUGACAGUUUUGAAGAUGUCAUUGUGGAGGAGCAGGAAGAGGGCGAUACAGACGCCGGCACUGAGACUGAGGGCACUGUUGACGGUGAAAUGGACGAGAAUGAAAUGACGGACGAUACGGGCGGCGAAGAGGGCCAAGAGAUGACAGAACGCGCAUACACAAUAUAUAGUGGCACCGAGAGUGGCGGUGAGAUAUCACCAGCCAAAACGCGAGAUGCGCCGAAGCUGAAGGUGGGACGAUUACAGAAAACUUACAAUAACGCCAGCGCUAACGUCAACGAUGAAGAUGAGCCAAUCGAAGUGAUUGACGACGAUGAGGAGAAUACGACUGUGGCGGUCAGCCAGAAAAAAUCUGCACAAAAAGCGGAAAGUGAAACUGCGAAAUUGGAGAGAGCAGCGAAUGCAGUCAGUAUGAACAACGCAAGAGCAAACAGCAUAUCCGCCGCAGUUGAAUGCGAAACUGAUGCUGGAUUUGAUGAGACUAUCGUUGCCGAUAUUGAUGAAAAUACCGCAAUUGAAUAUAUAGAAGAGGACAACAACACGCUUGUAAACAAUGACAAAGCUGAGGUAAACAAUUUAAACGUCACAGCAGCAAAAUCCACACAAAGUCGUCAAAUAGCGGAGAGUGAAAUCAUCGUGCUGGACGACAAUGACAGCGCAACACUAACGGCCACAGCAACAGCAACGCUGACUGCUGCGUCGUCGUCGGCACACAGCAUAGCAAACGAGGACAAAGUCGUGGUGGAGUGCAACCCAAAAAAAAUGGUUAGCGGCAAUACAGCAACGACGAUAAAUGUUGCGGCGCUAAAGCCAACAACAGUCACCAUCGUCAAUCGCAAUGACUGAACGUGCCAGCAAUAAAUAUGGUUGAAGCUUCAUGGCACUGCUUGCAGAUUGUCGAAUUUGCUGGAGGCUGGGCUGGUAAACCAGUUUUUUUUGCCAACAAUUUCUCCAGCAAUAUAUUGGGCAAUAGCAUUAGUUACUGUGUCCGGUACAGGGAGUAGAGUGUAGACUAAUUUGGAAUGGUGUACAUAAAAAGUUUGGUGAAAUUAAUUGUUUAUAGCAAUGAUAAUUUAGACAGUUGGUUUUGAAAACAUUUUUAGUGUAACAGCUAAAGUUAGCUGAAACGCAAACGUAAAGAAAAGUGAGAUAAUUAGUUGAGACAAGCGCAGGUUAGCCGUUGAAGUGUAAUGAAAUUAUUAUUUUUUGUUUAUUGAUGAACAAAAGUUUUAGAAAAAGUUUGUGAAGCAAUUUUUUGUUUAU